UGUACACCACACGAGCUCAGCCAGUACACGCGACGGAUGAGCCGAACCGUUUCAUCCCGGCCGUCCGCGUCGAAUCCGACGGCGGCCGCGGCGGCGCCGGACGUGGCCAACGGCCGCCCACGCCGCCGCCGCGCGUCACCUCCUUCCGCCGCCGCCGCCGCGUCAUCCUCCUCGGUUGCGGCGCGGGGACGGGAUGGCGUCCACGCUUUCCUCUCCUUGCCACCACCACCUCUCCUCCUAUUAUAGCCACCAACUCCGCCGCCUCCGCCUCCGCCUCCGCCCCUCCACCGCCGCCUCCGGCCGGCCGUCAGAACUUGACAGUGGUAGAGAACUUUAUUCCCAUCCAACGUUCGGGGGAAGCCGUAGCCGUGUGUCGCGUUCAUCUUUCAUGGAAAAAUCCCAAAGAAAGCGAGGACCAGAUCAUCUGCUGAUUCUUGUCCAUGGUAUCAUUGCAAGCCCCAGUGACUGGACCUAUGGAGAAGCAGUGCUAAAGAAGAGGUUAGGUGACAAUUUUUUCAUCUAUGCUAGUUCGUCAAAUAUCUACACCAAAACUUUCGAUGGGAUUGAUGUUGCUGGAAGAAGGUUAGCAAAUGAAGUAUUGGAUGUGAUUCAGAAGAUGGCUGGAUUGAGAAAGAUUUCCUUCCUAGCACAUUCUUUGGGUGGUUUGUUUGCGCGAUAUGCUAUUUCUAUCCUUUAUUCAACAGCAAUGAAGGAUGCAAGUCAAAGUGCUGCUUGUAUAGCUCCUACAACUGGAGGGUCUGAAAAGUUGGAGUGCACUUCAGGAUUAGGUGCAAUUGCUGGGCUGGAACCAAUUAAUUUUAUUACCUUAGCAACCCCACACCUUGGUGUUAGAGGGAAAAAUCAGCUUCCAUUUCUUCAAGGGCUAUCUAUUCUAGAAAAGAUUGCUGCACCUUUGGCUCCCUUGGUUGUUGGCCGCACUGGUGCCCAACUCUUUCUCACGGAUGGUGAACCUAGCAAGCCACCUCUUCUGCUAGAGAUGGCAUCUGAUCAUGAGGAUAAAAAAUUUAUAUCUGCACUAGCAGCUUUCAAGAACCGCAUUUUGUACGCUAAUGUUUCGUACGACCAUAUGGUCGGAUGGCGAACAUCUUCAAUAAGAAGAGAAAAAGACCUUACAAAGCCCUCACAUCGUUCACUGGAUGGCUACAAGCACAUUGUGAAUAUGGAAUAUUGUUCGCCUAUAUCAUCUGAUGGCCCUCAUUUCCCUCUGCAAGCUGCCAGAGCCAAAGAAGCUGCACAGAGUAGACCAAACAAAGAAAACACUGAAGAAUAUCACGAAAUGAUGGAAGAGGAGAUGAUCCAUGGCUUGCAGAGGGUCGGUUGGAAGAAAGUAGAUGUCAACUUCCAUACAGCACUAUGGCCUUACUUUGCUCAUAACAACAUACAUGUAUGUUAGUAGUUAAGAAUGAGUGGCUUCACAAUGCCGGUGCCGGCGUCAUCGCCCAUGUGGCGGACAGCAUAAAACAGCAGGAGUCACGGAAAUAUUUCCGUGCCAACUUAUAAGAUCUUCAGUCCCCUGUGCUGCAUGGUCAGAAGUAUAAUAACUAUGGUUUCCUAAAUAACCAAAGCAAAGGUUUUGCCUCUCUAGUAGGAGUGUAGGACUUGUCUCAGUAGUAAGCAGUGUCCCAAAAAAAAAAACUCAACCUAAGGAUAAUCCAGAUUCGUUGUUCUAGGAGGGGUCACAUCCCCUUCUAUGUUGAGUUUUUUUUUUUUGGGACGGAUGGAGUAUGUUCGAUGUGUUUAGUGUGGAUAUAGAAAACUAGCUAGUUACUGUAUUUUUGUCCACAAAAGCUUUUUUUUUUCUUUCGCACAGACGUACAGUUGAAAAUAAAUUAGUGAAACAUUAUUAUUAUUUUUAUUAUUUA